AUGCGUCAAGUGGUGCACCAGGUUCCUCCAUGUCGAGAAGUAGGAGAUGUUGCAGUGUCAAAUGAACUCGGUGGAACAAACGCUGGUCAAGAUAACAUUAGCUUGCGAAGAGGAGGUGGAGAGGAGGGAAGCCAUCGAUCGGGAAAUGCGCCAACCUAUUAUUUGGAACACCCUUGCAUGCUUGAUGUUGACAAAUAUGUGCAUGAGGGUCGUUUGGUUGCAUUGGACAACAUGAUAGAUGAUGAAUAG